AUGUCCGCCAUCCAAGUGAUUACUUCCCUGAAAAGACAACUGACCACAACUGUCACCGACUCUCAGUCCGGUGUGAUAACUGUUCCCAUUUGGAACCAAACGGUUUCCAACAUAACAGUUAUGGCUAUGGGCGCGUCGGCACCAGUAGUCCUAUUGUCAACCACUGAGCUCUGGACUAACAGUUAUUCAGCCGGGGAUUUAGGACCGAGUGUUAUCGUAGGAAGUGCUGCCUUUAACACGUUUAUCACUAUAGCUACCUGUGUAUGGUGUGCGACCACGUAUCGUCAAGAUAAAAUUACAAACGAAGGGGACGACCAUGUGGUGGAACUGGAGGUCUCAAAGCAUUACAAGUGUGAAGGGGAUGUAGACAGUCAAGAGGUCGGGCCACUGGACACUAUUAAUGCUAACGCAACCACGACUACAACCCCUAAAACCAGAGCUUAUUAUAGGGUUGAGGCGACCAAACGGUUGACCGGAUGUAGUGGUCGGUCAAUAGGAACCACCAGUUGGAGGGGUCAGUUCAUCGACGCCUUCCGGGUGUCAGCCCAUAGAGAUGAUCGGCACCGGGAGGUCCAGUCGGACACGUGUUUGGAUUACACACUACACGUGUUGACCAUUUUCUGGAAAAUUCUGUUCGCAUUCGUACCGCCGGCGCGAUUAGGCCAGGGAUGUGCCUGUUUUGCAGUCAGCCUUAUAUGCAUCGGCAUUAUGACGGCACUGGUAGCCGACCUCAGCUCACACUUAGGCUGUACUAUAGGUCUGAAGGACUCGGUCACCGCCAUUACGGUCGUGGCGUUGGGCACCGGUAUUCCGGACGCACUUACCGGUCGUUUGAUUGCAAAGUACGACCAGUUCGGAGCCGACCUGUCCAUCAGUAGCGUAAUGGCCAGUAAUGUUGUGACGGUAUGUCUGGGCAUCGGUAUCCCGUGGAUUAUAGGGCCGUCUCGAGGCCUAUAA